AGGCGUUUGUUGUUUGUCAGGGCUAUGCUCCACCAGAAGGCUACCAACCCAAUAUGUCCAAUCCACUUCUGGAUCAUCGUUAUGAUGUAGAUUUUAACAAUCUGGAGGGUCCUAACAGGGUCAUAGUUCCUUUCUUGGCUUGUGGAGACCUCAGUGGAUUUGACUCGGACAGAACCUACCCACUCCAGCUGGAGGAAGGAAAGGGUUAUGUCUAUCAUCCCCCUACACAGUCUCCCAUCAGUCCUCCAUACAAAGAGGCAUGCCAUCUUAGAAAGACUGACCAACUUGCCAAGCAGGAAGUGCAGACAACUUGUCCUGCUGCCAAGGCAACUGUAAAUAACCAAGACAUCGCCAUGGAAGGAGCUUGUGGUGGUGAAGAACAUUCUCACAAAAGUGAUAAUAAUAGAACUGAUGAUAACAUUUCGUGUGAGGAGAAAAUACCCCAGGACUUAUCUGUUCAAUCACAGCUAAAUGAUAUGACUUUAGAUAAUUAAUUGAUGUUAUGUUUAUCAUUAAUAAAAA